AUGGCAACAAAGAACAGCAAAACUGGACCAGACAAUGUCGGAACAAGUACGGGGCCUAUCUUGGAGUUAAAGCCACUCAAGAAUGUCAUGCCAAUCGUCCCCGCACAGCAGGUUGAUUCGUCUUCCUGCCCUCCCUCUGGCGAAACGAGCCCACUCCUUGAAACCACACCCAACGGCAAGCAAGCAACCCAGAGCGGUGGACCCGACAACGACGAGUCUGGUGUCGAGAAUAUCACGCAAAAACAUGCCGGAAGAAUCAGAGAGGACCCCGUCGGAUUCGUGGUGCAAACUGCAGCGUUCUACCAAGGAACUGGUUGGAGAAGUUACAGCAACUAUGUCGGAACUCGCAUUUUCUACGAAGGAUUCUCGGCUUCGUUCAAGGACCGCAUUCUUGCCAGUCAGAAAGUUGUCGAGUUAGUAAAGUCUAUGGCCAACAAACAGCUGGAGGUCUUGAUUAAACAGAGACAGGAUGCUCACGAAGCAGAAAAGGCUGCCAAUGCAGGAAAGAAGAAUUUCAAGCCCAAGGUAUGGCCCAUGCGUCCCGAGGACGUCGAGGCACGCCGGAAGACAUUGGAGGCCGAAGUGACUGCAGUGGCAAAGACCAACAUCGACAAGCUCGUCAGUGACAUGAACAGCAUGAAGUUUAUCAGAUUCUUCGCUUUCCUCAUCAACAACAUUCUUGUGCGCAUGUACCACCAAGGCAUCCAUAUCAAGGAGUCCGAGUUCCUCGAGCUGAGACGCGUUGCAGAGUACUGUGCGGAAAAGAAGUACUCCAUGGUCAUCCUGCCCUGUCACAAGUCCCACAUCGACUACCUCGUCAUCUCUUACAUCUUCUUCCGCAUGGGAUUGGCUUUGCCUCAUAUCGCUGCUGGAGACAACUUGGACAUGCCUGUUGUCGGAAAGGCACUCAAGGGCGCUGGUGCAUUCUUCAUUCGCCGCUCAUGGGCCGACGAUCAUCUUUACACAACCAUCGUUCAGGAAUACGUCCAGGAGCUUUUGGAGGGCGGUUACAACAUCGAGUGCUUCAUCGAGGGAACCCGCAGCAGAACAGGAAAGCUUUUGCCACCCAAGCUCGGAGUUCUAAAGAUCAUCAUGGACGCUAUGCUCUCGAAUCGUGUUCAGGACUGUUACAUCGUUCCUAUAUCGAUCGGGUACGACAAGGUCAUCGAGACCGAGACGUACAUCAAUGAGCUGCUUGGCAUUCCAAAGGAGAAGGAGAGUUUGUGGGGUGUCAUUACCAACUCACGCCUGCUUCAGCUCAAGAUGGGGCGCAUCGAUGUCCGAUUCGCCAAGCCCUACAGUCUGCGCGAGUUUAUGAACCACGAGAUUGACAGACGAGAGAUCAUCAACGAGCAGGAGAUGACCGAUAACACUGCCAAGUCUCAAUUACUGAAAGCCUUGGGCUACAAGGUGUUGGCCGACAUUAACUCCGUCUCAGUUGUUAUGCCAACAGCACUUGUUGGUACCGUUAUCCUGACUCUUCGUGGACGCGGUGUUGGUCGCAAUGAGCUUAUUCGCCGCGUGGACUGGUUGAAGCGCGAGAUUUUGUCCAAGGGUGGUCGUGUCGCCAACUUUAGCGGGAUGGAGACAGGAGAAGUCGUCGAUCGCGCUUUGGGGGUUCUCAAGGACUUGGUCGCUCUUCAGAAGAACUUGCUUGAGCCUGUCUUCUACGCCGUCAAGAGAUUCGAGCUCUCAUUCUACCGCAACCAGCUCAUUCACCUUUUCAUCCAUGAGGCUAUCGUUGCCGUCACCAUGUACACUCGCAUCAAGAUCGGUGGAGCCAAGUCAACACAGAAAAUCAGCCAGGCCGAGCUGCUGAACGAGGUCACAUUCUUGAGUCGGCUGCUUAAGACCGACUUUAUCUAUAACCCUGGCGACAUUCAGAGCAACCUAGAAAACACCUUGGAGUACCUCAAGAAAUCAAACGUAAUCGAGAUCGACAGCGAAGGCUUUGUCGGCCUUUCCGAUGUGGAACGCAGUAUUGGUCGCGAGAACUAUGAUUUCUAUUGCUUCUUGCUUUGGCCUUUUGUGGAAACAUACUGGCUGGCUGCCGUGUCGCUUUACACUCUUAUCCCUACCGCCAAGGAGAUUACCGAGCAGGCCAACGCUGGCGGAGAUCAACUUCACUGGAUCGAAGAGCGCGUGUUUGUGGAGAAGACCCAGAUGUUUGGAAAGACCCUCUACUACCAGGGCGAUCUCUCAUACUUUGAGUCCGUCAACAUGGAGACCCUCAAAAACGGCUUCAACCGCCUGUGCGAUUAUGGUAUCCUCAUGAUCAAGAAGCCCACCGGCCCUAAGGAGAAAACCAAGGUUGCCCUCCACCCAGACUUUAUGCCAAGCAGAGGCGCUGAUGGACACGUCAUUGCCAGUGGCGCACUUUGGGAUAUGGUGGAGCACAUUGGCACCCUCAGACGUGAAGGGAAGAACCGUCGCGAUAACGCUACAGUCUCGUCCCGGGUUCUCCGAUUCGCCGAGGUCGUCGCCAACUCGCCUGCCCCUGUUAAGGUACCCAUGCCCAGUCCUGCACCCAAAAGGGGCAACGGAGCGCCCAAACUAUAA